GGGGGCGGGCGGCGGCGGGCCGGGCGCGCGCGGGGAUGGUGGUGGUGCGCGCGCUGCCCGCGCUGCUCGCUCUGGCGCUGGUGCCGCGGCCCGGCCCGGCCGCGCGGGCGGAGCUGCGGGUGCGGGUGCGCCUGCCCGGCGGCAGCGUGACCGAGGAGAGCCUGCAGGCCGACAGCCGCGCCGACUGCAUCGCCCUCGAGCUGCGCGCGGGGGACGGCGCCCUCGUCACCCUCACGGCGGACUUCAGGCAGGAGGUGAAGAUCUUCCGUGCCUUAAUCUUAGGGGAGCUGGAGAGGGGCCAGAGCCAGUUCCAAGCGCUCUGCUUCAUCACACGGCUUCACCGCAACGAGAUCAUCCCCAGCGAGUCGAUGGCAAAGCUGCGGCAGAAAAAUCCCAGGACAGUGCGGCAGGCCGAGGAGGUGCGGGGCCUGGAACAUCUCACCAUGGACGUCGCUGUCAACUUCAGCAAGGCAGCUCAGCUGAGCUCUCACAUCCACAAUGUCUGUGCCGAGGCCAAAGAAGCAAUUUACACCCGAGAAGAAGAUGUCAAAUUUUGGCUAGAGAAAGGGGUUGAUGGGUCCAUGUUUGAGGUCCUUCCACAGACCUCUGACCUCCCUGACCUGCAGCGUUGCAAGCUGUGUGCAGACCGCUGGAAGCCCUGCAUUUGCAGCUACUCGCUGAGCAUCGAGUGGUACCCAUGCAUGCUGAAGUACUGCAAGAGUCGCGAUGCUGGGGGCAAGGUUUCGUCUUACAAAUGUGGCAUCCGCAGCUGCCAGAAGGGCUACACCUUCGAUUACUAUGUGCCGCAGAAGCAGCUGUGUCUCUGGGACGAGGAGACCUAGCGGAGCCAGGCCAGACCUUUUCAAGAGGCAGCUCAUCUGCCUCCUGCCACCAUUUACAAUGCUAAGGGCCUCCUGGAGCUGGCUGCUCCAAAGAAGGAAUACGGUUCAUAGUGGUGCCAUGUACCAGGAGAGCUCUGUGUAUGUGCCUUUCCUUCUGGCCCCCUGUGACUCCCUCCCCACCUCUCACUGCCUCACACCGAGAUAAGUGAGCCCAGCUCACCACGUGUUGAUGUUCUGCUCUCCAGGAGACUCAGCUUCCUGGAAGAAGCAGGAGAUGCCAGUUUCUGGGGUGAAGCACCGGGAGGCGUGUGUUUUGCCCUACUCUGGAGUUAGCAGAUGUGAAAGGGGGCAGCUCUGAUCAGUCAUCAGCCUUGAGCAUCCUGAUGAGUGGGCAGGGCAGGGAGAGAAAUGGUCUUGGUCACCUGGGCUGUCAAACAUCUCUGCUACCAAAGAAGCCCCUUUGCUGACUCCACCACCUCCUGGUGACUCAACAGCAUUUCCCAAUGGGAAAAUGGCUGAUUUCUGGGACCGCAUACCCUGAACAAGGAAGGUACGAAGCCUGUCCAAAGCAAGAGCCUGCCUGUAGCCUUUUCUAGUGCCCAGCUGGCUGUGACAUCCUUCCUGUAGCUAGAGAUGUGAUGGGGGGAUGUAUCCCAGCAAUUACUUUUGCCACUAAAGGGCUGGUAAUUAGGGCUCUAAUUAAUCCCUAUUUAGACUAGUGAAGGCCUAACUUUUUGUGUUGGGGUUCUGCAACUCUCCCACUGAGAAACAUCUAAGGACCUACGACUACCGUCAUAACACUGCAGUUGUGAGCUGGGGGAUGAUCCUAGGUAGGUUCGUACUGAAGAAGACAACAUUCUACAUCUACAUCCAGUUUUGCGUCCUACUCUGCCAGCUGUUCACAAGAAGCUCUUAGAUAAUUGUACUGCUUUGCUGUGCCUUGGUUUCCCCUCUGUGUAAAAGGGACAACAAUUAAGAUGGCCUUGACCCUGAUGUAGACCUGGAGUGUGUCAGGAAAAAAACACUGCAGGAGUGCUGCCUGGUUCUUCUCUCCUCUUCCAUUCAAGGUAAACCAAGCUGGGAGGGGAGAGAGGCUGUUGGGGUCAUCGUGAACUCCUGUACCUCCUGGUGAAAAGCCUUCACAAUGUGCCUUUUUGCUUAAAAUAGAGGAAUUUUUGACAAAGAAUUUGGUCAAAAUUAUUUUUGUAUGGAUCACUUAAGGGGGGAGAAGGGAAAGGUAUUUUAAUAUUGUAACAUGAAGUAAAACACACUUGAAAUGAUUUUUUUUUAAAGCAAAUUAUUU